AUGGGUGAGGAUGACAGGAGCAUUAAGAGAUCGCUUGCAGCCCAAGACCCCAUUGUGCGGGAACUUGUCCAGGAGGACAUCGAGCAUGGUGUUUUAAUCCCGUUGAAGACGACGCUCGAGUUGCGCGACGACUAUCAAACGGGACAUGUGCUGAUCACUCGCACGCCGACCAAGGCGGCCAACCCGGCCAUCCUUCUGCUACGCAACCUGCUACCAGAUGAGAUCAUUAAGGGUCUCCCUCAUCUACGCAGGUGCGCAAAGCCGUCGGACUUGCCAGCUCACCUCAAGGCGCAGUUCAUGAACGAGUCCCCGCAGAGCCGACAGAUACACACGGGCAAGUCGAGUUGGAUAUACAUAAUCGUGGGCCCUGAGAACCUUUUCAACCGUGACGAGGUUGCUCAAGCGCUCUCUACGAUAGAGGGAAUGGAAGAAGAAGUGUUCCUUCGGCGGAUCCCAGUUCCGAUGGUGCCUCCAACAUCGCAGGUCCAGGCUGCCAUGUGGUCGCAGCACUUCUGGCCCUCGCUAUAUCGGAAGAAUAACCCACUGGGGCCCCAUCCUUCCAUGAUUGCUCGACAAACAGAGGAGAUAGCCAACGACGCCGCGAUAUGGAUGGCGCUAGCGCACAAGGUGGCGAGGGAAUCUCACGCCUCGGGCUAUGGUGAGCCAAUGGGUGCCUGCAUCAUUCAGCGGGACGAGGGGAGGACAACGCUUGUUGCCCUUGCUGGCGAUGCUCGCUGGUGUCCGCGAGGAAAGGUUGGGUGCUCUGGGAACCCAAUGGCACAUUCGGCCAUGCGCGCCAUCAGUAUCGUUGCGCAGAAGCUUGUCCGAGCCGAGAACAGAAAGACGGAGACCAGGCCGGAGCCCAUUCUUGAGUUCGAGGCCUUUCAGGACAAGCCACUCCUUGACGACGAGAAAGCGGUUUAUGACUUGGAGCACCCAAACCCGGACGGCUACCUGUGCCACGGGCUCGAGAUGUACCUCACACACGAGCCUUGCGUUAUGUGCUCAAUGGCCAUCCUUCAUUCGCGCAUGGGCAAGGUUGUCUUCCGUCACCGUAUGCCGCUGACGGGCGGGCUCUGCGCGGAGGAUCGUGGCCGGGGUCAUCCUGCCCUCAAGGGUGCCGAUGGCGGCCGAGGGCUCGGCUUGUUCUGGCGGCGGGAGCUGAACUGGAGCAUGGUCGCCUGGGAAUGGGAAUCGAGCGGCUGUCUGCAGCCGCUUAGGGUCGAUGGGGCGACUCAUGCCUAG